AUGAACACCGAGUUAGCAGUUACCCAACACGAACCUGAACCUGAGUGCCGCCUCUCAAGCUCCGAGACCGCCACUAUCUUGGCAUGGCGUUCGGGCUCGGAACCUGGAGAACCCCUCCCCGACCAAUGCUUCUUGCGCUGGCAGUCUGUGGGCUUCAAGGACGUCAAGCUCAAGCUCCUGAGAACGCCAAAUACGCCGCCGUUCACCUUUACGACUGAAAGAGCAUCCUGGAUCGUUCAGCCAGCGGUCAAUCUGGCGAUGGACAUUCUAGCGUGUCCACGCGGCCGGAAGGUUCUAACCAUGAUGGUCCAGGAGCUUCCGGAGGAGAUCAAGGAUCCCGUCGUCUACCAGAUUGGACCCAAGGCCAUCGUCCAGCAGUUCCUGCUACGGCUUAGGGAGAACUUUGCCAAGGCUAUUGAGACCGCCCUUUUUGCCUGGGACCAAGCUGGAGCCCAAUCUGAAAAUGGGGGCGCUACGCCGCUCGGCGUUCACGACGUUCGCAGGGUGAUCUUUUUUAUCGGGGUGAGCCUCGCCACUCAGCUUGUGGACACCCUCCUAGGAUUGCUAGCUGGGAAGUACGGUACCGAAAAGAGCUGCCUGCCUAAUUGGCAGGGGAUCUUUCAGGACCGUCUCUACGGCGGCAGGCUUCGGCGCCUUUUUAACCCUAUUCACUCGCGCAGGGCUCAACAGCCUGGGUUUCUGUGCAUUGAAACCCAGGACAAGCGCGAAGCAAUCAGGCCAGAUGUUAUUGAUCACUUCGUGAUGAGGGAAUGGUACCUCAAGAAGAUCGUUUACUUCGAUCCCUGGGUUCUCGAUCUCGAGUUUUGGCUUUUGUGUAUUUAG